UAAGUUUCAGUUGUGCGUAUUUGUUGCUGAGCUCCAUCCAUCAGAAACAAUGAAGAAGAUAACUGAGAAGGUUCUACUAGAGAAAGGUUCUCCAAAAACCAAAAGACUCGAGGAGAUCAAGUCAUUAAAUCUUUCCAAGCUCGGACUGAAAUCGACAGACUUGCCGGUCAAGCUGCUGUCCCGCCUCCGGUCCCUGGAACGCUGGGAUCUGUCUGGGAACAGACUGCAAGAGUUCCCCAAAAAUUUGGAGCUACCUAAGCUCAUCUUCCUUGACCUCAGCGACAACCAGAUGGAGGACGUCGACUCGAUUGCGGCUUUAUGCAGCCUGGAGGAGGUCAAGAUGGAGGACAACCUUUAUAUCACCGUAAGUGACAGUUACAAGCUAAUGACGCUGCUGGAUAAUUUGCGCAGUUACAACGGCAAACACAUCACUACCACGGCCAAUCACGUGCGCUUUGUGUUCACAAAGAACCUGCGCACCAGGAUCAUUGCCUUGUGGGAGAGGAACUACAGCCUCCCGGAUCCUCUCACAAUGGAUAAAAUGGCUGCCCUGGAAGAGGACUUUGUUGAUGCGGCGCGGAGGCAGGUGAAGUACGGACCCAGUUCGCUCAGCGACUUCACCAAAUGGAAGGUUGGGAUCCUGGCUCGGGAGUACCUGCGCUCUCUGACGGAACCAAAGGAGGAUUUGUCAAACAAAACCACCGUAAGCCAAAUACACGGUGAUCGCUCCACGAGAUCUUCAGUUUCCAGUGUUGAAAGCGACUCGGAGGUCCUCACCCCCGUGAAAAGGAAGCAAGCGCCGGCAUUGAGAGACAGCGACUUGCAGCUAUCUCCUCGCAAAAUGGCGCGAUCCGAACCUGCGGUGUCCUCUUCGGCCGAGGGCAGCGCCGGGAAAAUCAAACUCCGUCCGAAAAGCCGGACAAUCACCAGUGGCACCGUUCCUGUGAGCCCCACCGCUGGGGGUCAAUGUCUCUCGACAUCUACCCGUUCCUCUGCGAAAAAAGAGGCCGCCAGCAAAAUUGGGACACCGCCCAGAAUAGUGCCAGUGAAUGGUGCGAAGAGUGGACGGAAGGAGACGAGUGAUGAUGUGAUGAAGAGCAUCAACAAGACACAGCCGGUGCGUCUGGAGCCUCUUCACGUCUUGCAGUGUCACAGCAAGCAGGACAACCCAGAAGACUUCUCCACUCAACUUUGGUCCUGUGCCUUCCAGCCUCAGCCUGACUCCUCUGGAAGUCGCUUGGUUGCUACAUGCGGUGGAGACUCUUUGUGUGUGAUCGACUGUGAGACUGGCGUGGUAAUGAAGAAGUAUAAAGCGACUGGAGAGGAAUUUUUCUCGCUGGCGUGGUCCACUGUGCAAAUGUCCCGAGGGGCCGAUGACCCGGUGCAGCCGUGCAGCAUCCUGGCGGCGGGCGGGAAGCGAGGCCUGGUCAAGCUGAUCCACCCCCGGUGCAACGUGGCCUAUGGCGAGUUCCGGGCGAGCCGCAGGGCGUUGUCAGUUCUCUGUUUCAACCACCGCCAGGGCAACUUCCUCUUCACGGGCUGUUACGACAACAAGAUAGUCCUGUGGGACAUCGGAGGGGUGGACAGCAAGUACAACUUUAAAGUUGUGCAGCUUCUGGUCUUGGAGAGCAGCUCCACCCCACUGCACAUCUGCCUUCCGCCCACCAGGCCCGACACGCAGCUUUUGGCGGCAUGCGACGACGGCCUGCGCUACUACAACGCGCAGCUCACUGCCAACGGUGCCACCAAGAGGUCUAAAGAAGCAGAGGUAACCUUUCCGGUUUAUGAGAAUGAAGACAAAGACCUCAACUACCACACCAUUGAUGGGCUCCGUUUCCUCACUGAUGACAUCGUGGCCUCCAAGAACUUCACGCACAGCUGCAUCUACCUGUGGAGCUGGAACCGGACACGAUCGCAGCAGCCCGACAAGAGCCGCUGCGUACGCGCCAUCGUCCUGGCCAAGCUGCGCUGGGCCCGCACGGAGAUUCCUUACCUGGCGCUCAACACUUGCCCCGGACGUUCUUACGUCGUUUGUGGCGACAGCGAAGGGAAGGUUUGGACGUACCACAUCGCUAACCUCCAGGACAGGUUCCAGGCUGAGAAGCCCAUCGGACCCACGGAGGUGCUCCAGUGGCCCGCUCCCGUCCGCGAGGGCCUGGGCCAAUUAGAGGGGCCGUCCAUCAACUGCUUGGCCACGGACCCCGACCUCCAGUACCUGGUGGCCCUCAGUGACAAGAACAUGGUGACGGUGUGGAAGAGGGCGCCCUGAGAAAUUGAAUACGAACUAUUAAUACGACUUGUAUGAUGAAGUGUCCGGCGAGAGUCGACACUCGUCCGUGUACCCAAUGUUCUUUGGGUUCCAUUCCAAAAUUCAAGAGGUCAGUGGUUUCGGAAUACGGUGUAACGUGAGCCACUACUACAGUAUGCAAACACGCAUACCACCUCAGCUAUUUUUUUUUUUUUUACUUGUAAUCCCAGUAUAAGAUCCUUUUUGAUAUACAGUAUUUUAAUCUUCUAAACUGGCCAGUUGUACUGAAGAAAUGGUCACUGUGUGACAUUUUUUUCCGAUGAUUUCAUCACUGUACUUUUAUUUGAGAGAGUUCCACAGAAACACAGUAUUGUGUUGAAAGAGCAAAGUUAACAUGACACAUUUUAAGUACUGUGAUUUAUUUUUUUUCUUUAACCUGUAUUGCAUUUUAUGAAAAUGUUCUGACACUGCCGGCACGUUGGAUCAGCUGGAAGGCAUUGGCCUCGCAGUUCUGAGAUCCCGGGUUUGAUCCGCUUGCGUGGAGUUUGCAAUUCGUUUGUAAUUUUUUCAUUUUUGAUCCUACUGGAUACUUUUGUUUAGCUCCUGUAGAGGACCUAAAUACUAAAUACCUAACUACAACAUAUUUUGAAUAAAAGUGAAAUUGUCAUUGUUUCACGGUUGGCAUUAUUUUCUUUUUCAUCCUUGUAAAUGUUAAACUAUGGUUCUGGCACAAGGCCAUAAAAGGUGGCAGAAAUGCCCACAAUAAUUUUAUUCUGGUAUAUUUUUA